AUCGACUGCCAGAGCCAAGGCACCAACGGGCACCUCGCUUCCAUUUCUAGCAAAGCCGAAGGAGCCGUGUUGGCCAAACACAUCAAGGCCUCUCAGCUAGAUUGCCAGAAUGUCUGGAUCGGACUGCACGACCCCCAGAGGAACCGACGCUGGAGAUGGUCUGAUAGAUCGAUAGUCAACUACAGGCCUUGGGCUGCUGGUGAACCUAGCAAUUCUGGAAAUAACGAAUACUGCGUAGAGCUUUGGUGUCACUCAGGUUAUCUUGAGUGGAACGAUGAGAAUUGCAAAAGCGAGCGCUCGUAUGUCUGCAAGUUUGCACUUUAGUGCAGGCAGUUGCUUCUCCAACGUUCCAGAAAAAACUAUGAGGAACCCAUCCUGUAAGACUAGAGAGCCUUCACAGCUGCCAUCCUUUCUUCGAAGAACCCGGAUCUGCACCCUACAUUAUAAAUUGUCCUCUUUGUAGAUCGCCUAUCUGUUAAUUCUCUUAUGAAUCUUGACUGUGGAGCUGUGAAGCAACAGUAAACUCUGUCUUUGGCUGUUUGCAUACUGAA